AUGGACUAUGCGACCCAUGAGCCACCGCCGGGCCAUCGAUCCAGGCCAAAACGCACCAAAAAGUGCACACGCUCCCUGCCUCUAUCACGAGCAGGCAGCAAAAACGGACCAGGAAGUGUUGUACGGCCUGAAGAUGUUUUAUUACUGGGCCAGAUGGCCGAUACCAAGCGUGCCCUUGGUAAGACAGCGACUGCUUCCGCGUGCACGGGUUACGGUGUGCGGUGUGUGACCUCUGCCGACUCUUACACGAUAUCGAGAAGCGACGGUCAGAUUGUGGGGCAGGACUGUAGUACGUCCGCUGGGUCUGGGUCGGAUUUCUGGGACGACGACUCGGUCGCGCACACACACCCAUCCCAAUCCCUGCUUAGUGACAUGGCAACCAUUAUGGCCACCACGAUCCACGACAAAACAGGGCAAAAGAACAGAAACGGACCGUCGUGCACCUGUCUUACAAAAGAGGACCGCAUGCACACACACCCGUCACUGGUGGUGCAGACCACGACCCACUCCGUCUUUGUCAACAGCGCAUCCGAGGACGUCAUCGCGAACCUGCUAGAGUCGCACCCCGAAACUGAAAAAGGACCGAAUUGUACCACGGACGAGGACUUGGGCAAAACCGCCGGUCCAAUCGAGGCGCGCACUCUUCGCGCAUCGAAAAAGACCGCACCCCCACGCACACACACAGAUACACCCGAACACACCCAAGCACAGCAGCCAACCACAGCGCUAGAUGAGCUAGUACAUGCACAGGCACAACCAUCCGCCCACCCGACUGAGGGUAUGGCUGCCACAGACCGCAUAUGCCUCACCCCACCGGCUGUAGACCUACGCAGCAUUGGAGCCAGGCGUGUGGGUGGGUCAGUGCACACCCCUCCAUCUCACCCCACCCACUCACCCAUUCACACACACACAUACACACACACUCGUUCGCACUCACACACCCCACCGUCUCGUCACAUGCAAAUAUACACGCACAGGCCGCCUUCUCAUCGUACACACAUACACACCCACACACCCUCGCCCCCACCUCAUCACACACACACACACACACAUACACUCGCACACACCCCUCCAGCACAUCGCACACAUACAAGUGAAGGGACAGCCGCAGACGCACUUCUAUUAGUGCACAGUCUGCCUGUGCAUGCGUUGGAUGAAUUCGAAAGUACUUCUCCGAGUCGGGAUAAUGACCUAGCGGUUAGGAUCCGCAGAGCGAACUCUCAGGCAAAGUCGACUAUUCUUGCCGACCUGCGAGAAGGAUCGGAGUUGAGUCCGAAAACCGUCGCAGCAGCAAAGAUACGUGCUACCAGUGUGAACCGAGUGUUCACUGCUGAAGAGAUCGCCGCAGCGCAAACACGAAGACACAGCAUGUCAUCUCGCCCGUCCUGGUCUCUUGUCCACAAAUUUAGUGACGUCACCGAGUAUCUUGAACCAUCUGUUAGCGUUAGCCAAUUAGAAUGCGGCACAAGGUUUUUUGGCGGGGAUUUAGAGCAGGUGGACGAUGCACUGUGCAGUCAACGGCCACGUCCGAGCCCACGCCCAGACAAACAGGGCAGGCGAAGUACUAUACCGCAGUCAAACCCACAAAACGGGACGGAAACCGGGACGAAAACCGGGACACCCCCGGCAACCCCCCCACGCACGCAGUCACCAGUACCACACACCCGCAGGCACUCAGCGAUGCAACUGAGUCCAGUGGUGUUCAAGCUGCCGUUGUCAGGGGGCGAGUCGCACACGCGUCCACGUACCCGCACACGCUCAGAAUCCUCGGGUGCAUUACGGUCCCCAUUGUCAACUUUUGGACAGUGGUGCCCAAGUUGGAGUCCCGAAAUGGGACGGGUCAAAAAGCAGGGGGUCAGGCGUAUGAAGGACAAAGCAGGGCCUGGACAGUACACACAGGUGCAGUUGAUGCGAGUGAUACAUAAGCAACCGUUGACGGAUGAUGAGACUCUCACGCACCCUCAUACCCACACACGCGCACACUCAGAAUCCCCGGGUGGCAUUCGGCCCUCCAUGACAGAUUUUGGACACCUGGCCAAGAAACAGGACAGGCGCAUGGAGGACAAAACGGGUCCUGGACAGGGCACAGAUGGGGAGGUGAUAGGGUCAUCGCCCAUGGUAAGUCAGGCGGUGCAGAAGCCGCCCAAAGCCCUCCCAAGAGGUGCACCCCCCAGCACGGACGAGUGCCAGGGACAGUGGGUUGGUACCGAGACUAAGACUAUAGUUAAGGCUAGGGCUAAGGCUAAGGCUAAAGCCAAGGCCAAGGCCGAGGGUGAGCUCGCCUACACGCAUGUGGAGGAUCGUGCAUGUACAUGUACGAACCCACCCAAGCCCACCGAUGCACUGGACCAGACACGCACAACCCCACCCGCCACUGCAGUCGACCGGUCCCACAUAGCCGUGCAAGCAGCCGGCCAGCCACCCACAGACACAGACACAGACACAGCCACACACUCACCCGUGGUUCGGGCGUUCGAGCGCCCUGACCUUGUGGCUGGGGCGGGUGCUAGGAGGAGCUCAGCAGCACGUCCUCGGCCCAAGUCAGACCUAUUCACAGAGCCACCCCCCCCACACACAAGCACAAGCCGUUCCUUGCGUGGGGAUGGCGUGGCGACAGGUGACAGUCUCAACUAUUUCAAACUGCACGUCUGUGUGCGUGAGAUUGGGAGAGAGUUCAGUCCGCCCGUGGAAGAGUCGGCAAUAGACGGUACAGCCGCGGGUGUGUCUCUGUGCUGCGAGUGUGUGCACAGGGGCUGUUGUACUGCAGAGGACAGGCGCAGUGUAUACGACGGCGAGAGGGGUGUAGGGGAAGCCGUUGCGGACCACAGCCACGACGGGCACAAGUCAGACGACAGGGAUACCUACCACGCUACACCGAGCAAUGGUAUUACGAAUAGUAAUACGGAUGACGCACACAACACCUCGAAUACGAAUAGUAAUACGGGUGACAUACACAACACCUCCGCGCAGGACAGGCGCCACACGGGUUUGGCAGAGACACGCACCAACCACCACACACAGAGGAAGGAUGGCAGUAGCCAGAGCAGUCGCAGCACCAACGGGGGGGGUGAUACGCCUUUAUCUGAGGCAGGAGAGGGACCCGACCCGCACACUGACGCUACGGCUAAGGCUAAGGCUAAGGCUAAGGCUAAGGCUAAAGCUAUGACUGAGACGAAGGCAAAGGCGACGGAGGAUGAACCCAAGAAUAUGCUGAGCUUUGUCAAGAAGUACAGACACACCGUGCGGUACAAAAGCAUGCCCAUCCCCAAGAACAACACGCUGGGCCGUUGCAGUACGUCUACGGACAUACCUCAUCACACCUCACUACACACGCCAGCCGUUGCCAUGGCAACUGCGCAUGAUAGCUUUGUGCAUCCAUCACUUGUGGAUGUGUUUGAUGGCGGUGUGGAGUCGGCGGACGUUCAGUGGACGAGAUCACUGGGUGCACCACCCCGUCACAACUCUCGGGGUGCAAUGUCCUCCGGGCGCAAUCCGUUGAGUCUGGAGUCGCGGAAGUUAUCCGAAUUCCUAGAAAACGCCCCAAUGACAGUGCUGAAUGAGAACGAUCUAUCCCAAACAGCCACAGUGGAGGUCAAGUACCGUCCGCUCGUUAACCGGCGGAUGACCGACAGUCGAAAGUCACUGACGCGCAAGAAUGGGACUGGCGAUAUCAUCCCUCUCCUUCGCCCUCUGAGACCUGUCAUAGGCAUCAACGCAGACCUCGCAGAUAACCCAAACUUAUCUAGAUCAUACAGCGACAUGGUCCCGUAA